UGUUGGAAGAACGAAGACAAACUGUCAGAAUUUAUCCAUCUUCAAACGUCAAAAUGGCAUCGAAAUCAUUCGCCAACAUGAUUGAGUUCAUGUCACUUGUGGGCCAACUUAAGCAUGUGAAAAGGACAGGCUGGGUGCGGAAAAAAGUACAGGACCCCGAGAGUGUGGCUGGGCACAUGUACCGCAUGGCAGUUCUCUCCCUUUGCUUUAGCAGCUCUGCGGGUGUUGAUAAGGACAAAUGUCUAAAACUGAGCUUGGUUCAUGACCUGGCAGAGAGCAUUGUGGGAGAUAUAGCCCCAUCGGAUGGUGUCAGUAAGCAGGAGAAGCAGAAACGAGAAGAGGCUGCCAUGAAGUACAUCUGCAGGUUAGUGAAUCCAGACCUGGGGACAGAGCUGUACUCAAUCUGGGAAGAGUACGAGAAUCAGACGAGUAAAGAGGCAGAGUUUGUGAAGGAUUUAGAUCGGUUUGAGAUGAUCCUCCAGGCUCAUGAAUAUGAACAGGACGAUCAGCAGAAGGUCAACCUUCAAGAGUUUUUUGACUCGACAAGAGGAAAAUUUCAAACAAAAACUGUCGAUGAAUGGUCUAAAGGUUUAGAAGAGAUAAGGAAUUCAUGUAAGAUUGCAUGUAAAGAAGAUCCCACGAGUUGACUGGAGACAUUGGCCAGAGAUUGUGCAAAAUCGCAAUUCGGUCAUUUGACCACUUCACAGUGAAAUCACGAAGCGUUACAUGAACUUCAUGUAAAUCGGCCAUAGAAUGCUAUUGCGCUGUUGUUUUUUUUGUUUACGAAAGUGUAAAAGUGUUCAAAGUCAUGAAUACAACUCAGUGUCACGUUGUCCUGGACUGUGCUCCUCGCUAUGUGCAUAUAUGUAUGCUACCUUUAUUACAGAGAAGGUGAAGAAAUUGUCUCAUGAACACUAAAUGUUGGGUAAUAUAAUCAGAAGUACAAAAAUGGAGAGAAGUGUGCUUCUUUUUGGGUGUCUUUUGGGGGAUUCCCCAUCUGAGUACUCCCAUUUCACGUAGAUCGGUGUAGACGGUCACAGCAUUGGUCGAUCGGACAUUUCUGUUUAUAGACGAAUUAUUUCUUGUAACUGUGUAUUUUCGGUAACAUCAUCCCAGUGACCUAUCAGUUAAGAGGGAGUAAAGACUAACUACCAUAUUACACGGUAUGAGUGGCAAACUUAUCUCGGUUUAUGUAAUUCUAGAAUGGUAUAGUGUGCUGAAGCUUUGUUUUUAAAAUGGCAGCCCGUGGUGUUUGCAAUCAGCAUACAUGUCUAUGAUUGUUUGUAAGUCAAUAAAGAAUGUAUAGGAAACCGUAUAGGCAUUAAACUACAGCUAUCGCAAAGCGCCAUCAGCGGCCAGUCCGGAAAUUAUGAAGACGAUGUAUUCCCGAGCAUUGACGGAAAAUUUGCAUAAAACGGAUCGGUUAUUAAAAAUAUAAAAUUUGUCUCAAAAUGAAAAAAGGAUCUCGUUGUUUUGACACAUCUUUCUUCGUUUGCCUUAAAAUUAUACCCGUAGUUUUACAGUACCUUUUCAUGUAUCCUUCAAGAAUCUUGGCAAAUACCAGAUAUCUCCCAAUUUAUAUUUGACCAUACUUUGAUGUACACUAAACAUUGCAAAAGAAAAGACAUCAAAAUUACAAAUGAUAUCAUUGGUUGCUUGUUGUGCUGUGUUAAGGGACAGGGACAAAGAAUAAAUAUACAGAUCUGCAAACAACGUCCAGAUAGAUUCAUUUCUGUUAUACAGUCAUUUUGAGCUGUAACAAUCAGCUAUGAAGUCUGUCGACAAUUAUACAGGUAUCACCUAGUUCAUACAGCUCUGGGAGAUCUUUGGAAGUCAUGGAAUUUAAAAUUAUUAUUGUCAGACCUUGCAAGCCAUGGAAUGUGUGUGUAGCUUAUUGAAUUUCUCGGGUGCCUCCGUGGCUCAGCUCCUCAGCGCGCUAGCACAGUGUACUGACCCCCAGGGACCUCUCACCAAUGCGGUCGCUGUCAGUUUAAGUCCAGCUCAUGCUGGCUUCCUCUCCGGCCAUAUGUGAGAAGGUCUGCCAGAAGCUGGACGGUCGUGGGUUUCCGCCGGGCUCUGCCCGGUUUCCUACCACCAUAAUGCCGGCCGCCUUCG